AUGGAUUCCUCCGCCACAGUAAAACCUUACGGCGUCUGCCACAUAGUAGCAGUGCCUUAUCCAGGCCGGGGUCACGUAAACCCUAUGAUGAACCUCUGCAACUUACUACUUUCCCAGAAGAGUGAUAUUCUAAUAACCUUCGUCCUCACAGAAGAGUGGCUCGGCUUAAUUGGUUCCGAAGUUAAACCGGACAACAUUCGCUUCGCCACAAUCCCUAAUGUAAUCCCAUCGGAGAAGGAUCGUGCGUCCGACAUGGUUGCAUUCUUUGACGCCGUCAUGACCAAAAUGGAAGCUCCGUUUGAGCAGCUGCUGGAUGGUCUCGAGCUGCUGCCUAGUGCCAUUAUGGCUGAUACUUUCCUGCCUUGGGCAGUCGCAGUGGGCAACCGGAGGAAUAUUGUUGCGGUAUCGCUUUGGCCAAUGUGCGGGUCUGAAUUCUCUGUGUACCACCAUUUUCAUCUCUUCCGGCAAAACGGACACUUCCCAGUUAACUUGUCAGAGAAAGGCAAUGAACGGGUCGACUACAUCCCAGGAGUUUCUUCCAUACGAUUAGCGGACACUACUAGUUCCAUUGAUGGAAAGCAAUCAAAAAUUCUAGACUAUAUCCUCAAGCGUGCUUUUACUUGGGUGCUUAAAGCACAGUAUCUCUUUAUCACCUCUAUCUAUGAGCUUGAAACCCAAGUAAUCGAUGUUUUAAGAUCACAACUCUCACUACCGGUUUACACAAUUGGCCCAUUAAUACCUAUCUUCAAAGCUAUUAGUGCUAGUGGUACUAACCAUCUACAGUGGUUAGACUCUCAACCUUGUAGCUCCGUUUUAUAUAUCUCUAUGGGAAGCUUUCUUUCUGUUUCUAGUGCUCAAAUGGAUGAGAUUGCAGUUGGUUUACGCAAGAGUGGUGCUCGAUUCUUUUGGGUGGCGCGCGCUGAAAUGAAUAGGUUACAGGAGGUUUCUGGUGAUAUGGGGUUAGUUGUUCCUUGGUGUGACCAAAUAAGGGUGUUGUCCCAUUCUUCUGUUGGUGGAUUUUGGUCACACUGUGGGUGGAACUCAGUUAGAGAAGGUGCUUUCUCAGGUGUUCCUUUUCUUACCUUUCCCAUAGUUUUUGACCAAGGUAUGAACAGUAAGGUGAUUGUGGAGGAUUGGAAAACGGGGUGGAGGGUGAAGAGUACUGAGGCAAAAAUCGACUAUUUGGUGACUAGUGAGGAAAUUGCAAUGUUAGUGAAAACAUUUAUGGAUUUGGAACAUGAUGAAGGGAAAGAAAUGAGAGAGAGAGCAAGUGAACUCCAACAGAUAUGGAAAGGUGCCAUUGCAAAAGGUGGAUCAACUAAAGCCAAUAUUAAUGCCUUCGUUGGAGACAUUUCAGAGGAGAUUAAGCAUAAGUGA